CUACCCAAGUUCUCCACUCAGCAGAAGUUUAGUUAUUUCUUUCUAAGCGAGCUGCGUUCCAAUCAAUUUUCAUUUUUAUUUUAUUAAUACAGGUGAAGUUGAAACCUCAAUUAGGGGCUAAAGACUGCACAAGGGGAGGGCAUGAUGUCUCCAGCAAGAAAGGAACUCCAAGAGGCUUUGUGCCACUACACCAAAGAUACUCUCACCUACAUCCAUACAGUGAGAGGAUUCUGUAAAGGGUCCUCCAAAUGGAUGCUCAGGAGGGGGACAGAGUUAAACAUGAUGAGGGACAUCAGAGACAGGGUUGAUAAAGUCAGCCUCAACAUCAGUCAUGUUUCCCAGUCAGAAUCCAAAGGUAAAGCUUUAAAAGAAUAUUUGAAGAACAAGUUCACACAGGUGACUGCAGACCGCAGGCGUGCAGAGCUGGAAAAUGAGCUGGAUGAAAUGUUGAAGGACACUCUGGAAGGUCUGGAGAAGCUCGACUGCUUCCUGGAUGCAGUGGAGAAGCUGGCUGUCACCUCACUGCACGUGUUCACGGAGAACCAGGUGUUACGCCUCCCCAAAGAGAUCAGCCUUGAUCUUGUUCAGGUUGUCAUCACUGCUGCACGACUAGUCUGCCCUCUCCUCCUGGACUUUAAAAGAGAUGCAAAAGUCUUCUUCACUCCCAAACUUCAGAAUGUUGACGUGCUGGCAUAUCAACUGGACAGAUACAUACAGACCACCACCAUAAUCUGUGAGAAGUUGGAGAAAAGCUGCUUUAGUGACUUUUGCCUGAAGACGACCUCAGAAACUGUGGUAGACCUCGAUGUAGAUUUGUCUGAACACGACUCACGAAUGAUGCUUGAUCACAUCACUCAGCUUAAUGAAAUCAGGAAGGACCAGAACUUUCAAAUGGUCUUCUUGUUCCCAGAGAAAUCGAGAUCUGUCUUUAUCAAUGAGUUUAACGAGCUACAGCCCAGGAUGCUGCAGUUUCUGAACGAGCUGGAGGAGACAGCUGUUCAGCUAGAUAGGAUGAAUAAGGGGGCAAAGAUCUCCAGUGUGGCAGGUAGCUCAGUGGGGGCAGUUGGAGGUGUGCUGUCCAUUGUUGGUUUGGCAUUAAUUCCUUUCACAGCAGGAGUGUCUUUAGCUUUGACAAUGACUGGUGUAGGGCUGGGAAUCACCAGUGGAGUCAACAGUUUAGUCACCACUGCAACAGAGGUUGGAGUUAAUACUACACAACAAAAGAAAGCCAGUGCAGUCUUUCAGACCUUCAUGGAAGAUAUGCAGCGUCUCCAAGAUUGUGUGGAGGAGGUGACCAAGCAAACAAUCUCAAGACUAGAAGCAAGUAAGGCUGGUUGCAUUGGAAAGGGUGUUGAUUCCAUUGUUGAUGCUGCCUCUGCUGUUAAGCUGUUAAAAUGUGAAGAACUCAUUUUCGGUGCUGGUAAAGUGGUGGCUCAGGAAGCAAAGGCCUUGUGUAAUGUGCCCAGGGUUGCCGCAGAUAUCCCAGAUAUUGGUCAGGCUGCAGUCAAAGGGCCACUUGCCCUCGCCAGGCCAGCCAGAGCUGGUUUCAUUGCUCUGAAUGCUCUCUUCCUUGGCAUGGAUAUAUUCUUCAUAUGUAAAGACGGCAUCGGUCUGGCCAAAGGCAGCGAGGCCAAAGUCUCACAGUUUAUCAGAGCCAGAGCUGCACUUUGGAGUUCCGAGAUGGACUCAUGGGAGAAGAUCCACGAUUGUCUGAACAAAGGUCUGCUAACAUCAGGGGAAAAGAGUGCUGUCCUAGAGACACCAUUUUAUCAGGAGCAGAGUUUGGGAAACUAACUGAAUCUGAUCACAUCGAAACGGGAUGGUGUCAAACAUUUUAGAUAGUUAAUAUAAUGCUGGUGCAUGUUGAAUUGCCAAUAUUCUGAUCACAAUAAAACAAAAAUCAAAGAGAGCUGCUGUCAGCGCUGGUAUUGAUCAUUGACUGUAGUAUGGAUUGCAGAGGAGAGAACCUGUGGAUUGUCAAAUCAAAUGAUCCGUAAGAACUACUAUGGAUUUGGAAAAGUGGAUUAGCCUCACUUUUAGUUACUUUCAGAUCAUUUCAGUUAUAAAUGUAGCUAAAUAAAAGAUGCCAAGAGCUUUGCUGAGAAGUAACGUUAACCAUACAACACUGUAGCAUCCGACUGGACGUUAAAAGGAUGACCAGGGAGUGAUCGCAAAUACUCCUUUUGUUAUUUAUUGUUGGAACUGAAAUAGUUACUGUCGGCUGUAACUACACAAAAACACCAUCCACAAACUUAUAUGACAGCCCUCCAGAACAUAACUUAAGUUACUAAAGGUAUGACUUAAUCAAAAAAUACAGCAUAAAUUAAUAUUACCUGACACUAAAUGUGUACCACAACACCAGGUUUCUAAUGUUUCUAAUGCAAUGAUCCAU